UGUCUUACUUUUGCACGACUUCAGAAACUGCAUCUGCAUUGCCAAGUCUCGACACAAAGAAAGGCCCAUGUCAGUUUCCUGUUCAAGUUUUAUUUCUCAUUACUUUUUUAGAUAACGGCUUGAAUGAAGAAGAAGAGACAAAUGGGUUUCUUGAAGAGAAAUGAUAGAAACGAAACUCAUAAAAACUAGGCCCAAAGUUUUAUACUUGAAUGUAAAGGCUAAGGCACCAGAAGGAAGCCCAAAAGUGAGAGAUUUUUCUUUUUUUAAAAAAAAAACAAAUAAAAAAUAAAAAAACAUAGAGAGAGGGGAUCGUCUUCUACAUCAGUCUAACAGUAAAAGAGAGCUCUAGCCUGAGUUCUCUCCAACCAUCCCCAUUAAAACGGCACCGUUCAACCCCUCAGGACUCUCCCUCUCCUAGUGAAAUAGCAAAAUGGCUUUGACAUACUAUCUUUCUCAAGCUCUUCAUUACAAGCCAUCCAAUGUUUUAAUAAUCAUGUCAUCUUCAAAGCUUGAUGAGACAAAACCAAAUAUACCUCAAAUUCAAACCACCAAGAAGAAGCGUUGCUUGAGGUGUAAUACCCUUUACCUUGACAAAGAUAACUCCCCAAUCGCUUGCUCUUUCCAUGGCCACACAACAGGGGAGAAGGGACUGUUUUCUUUGGCACCACCACACCAAGGGAUUGAUGGAGAAUGGAGUGACAGAUCUGGGGUGAUUGUGUAUAAAUGGAAUGAGAAGAGUAACAGACCAAAUACUGGAAUUGCUAAUUGGAAGAAAAGAUGGAGCUGUUGUGCUGAGUAUGAUGAAAAUGCCCCACCUUGUCGCCGGGGAUGGCAUGUUUCCUAUGAUGAUGGCUUCACUUUGUAUUAGCCAAAUGCUGGCCUUGAGACUUCAAUUGAACAGCAUGAGAGGUAUAAUAUGUCUGCCGUAGCCGGCGGUGCUGGCUGCAGUGACAUAACGGAUGUUGAGUCUACAAAUUCGAAUUUGUAUUAAAUAAAUGCAAUUGUUAAUUUAAAUAUUUGUAUUAAAUUUA